AAAAUUUGCAUAAAAAGCAUACGUAUGCACAGUAAAUGCUCAAACUAUCGUCGGAGUUUUGCUCAUUACAUCUUCGCUAUAACACUGUUCAAGGGACGAAAAUUCAGUAAAAAAGCCAAUCAAGUGGAAGUUGGAAACCUGCGACACCCUUUGUUUCAAACAGCUCAAAGCAUAGCAUACCCUUCUUGAAAAAUAUUUGAUAUAAGCUUACGUCUAAAAAGACAUUAAAAGUAUUUAUAAAUAGAUGGACUUGUAGCACGAUGAUCGUACCGUUUGUCUGGUGUAUUCUGAUCGCUGGCGUUGGUUUCAACAUUUGCAAAGCUGGAAACAUAAAACUAAACGAUGAUCUUAAACUCAGUUGGCGCAUCAAUUCGACGAAAGGUACAAUCCGAUUCACAGUCACGGCGAAAAUAUCAGACAAGGGAUGGUUUAUGAUUGGGUUUGCACCUCAAAUCAAUUCUUCUAAAAAGGUUUCCUUCGAAGAUAUUUCGGGUGAUGCUUUUGUUGUUUGGAAAGGCGCAAGUAAAGGAAAGAGACCUAUCUGGCGUUUAACUGAAGUUAACAUUGUAAAAGGAACUCUACAAAMAGAAGAACCCUCUGAUGUCCAUUUAGGGUUAUCGGCCUAUGACAAAAAAACGAUCACAUUGAAAGCCAUAGUGUGGAGGCCAUUAAAAACAAAUAAUGAUUUAGAGAUCAAGAGAGGCCAGAUGGUUGUUUUUGGUUCUCAAGGUAACGAUGAUGGUAGCAAAAAAAGAAAAUGGGAAAAGAAAAUGAAAAGUUUGAAUAGUGUCAAUGCAGUUCAAGAUGCAUUCACAGCAGUUGAACAUGUACGCUUCUUCAAAAAAAUCCCCAACAGCAAAGAAAACAAGCAAAAUGACAAAAACGCUCUUAAUUAUGCAGCAGCAAUUGCAGAGAAACAUUGGAUUGGGAUAAUUCUUGGCAUAUCUGCAUUCUUGACAGUUCUCAUCACAUGCUCAGUUUAUUGCUUUAGUAAGAAAAAGAAAAAUGAAUUCAAGAGAGUUGUUAGUAUGCCAUUACAUAAAAACUCCGAUUGUGAUGAUGAAGCAAGAGUGGCAUUCUUGCAGUCUGAGGAAACAUGAGAAAGAUGGUGAACACUCUUCGAGCACGUGUACAUGUAUACUGCGCAUAAUGAUGUUGAUGACACCUUUAAAUGAAUAGCCUAGAACCACUUGAAUAUUAGAACCACUUAAACAUAAAUUAACUGCAUAUAUAMACACAGCCAAACGUUGAAUACUGAAAGAUAGAGUAUUCUGAAAUGCAAUGUCAGUAGUUCUUUUGCUCUUCAAAGAGUUUUUGUGGUUUCAUAGUGACUUCAUAAUAACAGCUCAACCUGUACAGUAAGUUAUAGAUAACUUCAAUGAAAGACACAUUGCAACACAGUUAAUUAACAUGCAGUAUGUAGUGUAUGCAGUUUAAUGCUUUCUGUAGUAGCUGAAGCAAUGAUUAAGUGGCUAAUUUUAAAAUUACUGAUGAGACCUUUGUAAAUAAAUAAGUAGCAAGUAUCAUGACAGUGGAAUACUGUGACAGUAUUUUAGAUUUUCUGUGAAAAGGACCUUACAUACAUAAACCAUACUGGCCACUGCAGAGGUUCACUCAUGCUCUACGACAAUCACAAGACAAGGCCAACACAGGAUUACUUUUCACUAUUUAUAAUAUUUUAGAAGCAAUCAAAUGAUAAAUAAAGACUAUCAUUACUAUUAAAUUCAUUACAAUUCAUG